UAUUGUCAUGAUAUAUAUAGUUGUAUCUUGUGUGAUAAAAGUAUAAUCCACAUAUUGUAAUAGUGUAAAAGAAAAAAUAACAAAGAAAAAUGGGCACUGAGAGUGAGAUUCCACUUUUGGAUUUUCGUAAGGUAAAUGGAGUGACAUUAGAAGAAGGGAGUGAAGGGUGGAAAGAAAUGAGCAAGAAAGUGAGAGAAGCAUUUGAGAGUCAUGGUUGCUUCCUCUUGUUAUGUGAUCAGAUUCCAAAUGAUUUACGUGGACAAAUAUUUACAGACAUGAAAUCAUUGUUUGAUCUACCCGAAGAGACCAAGAAGAAAUUUUCUGGUGCAAAAGCUUAUAGAGGCUACACAGCUAAUAGCCAUGUUAUUCCUCAUUGUCAAAGCUUUGGAAUUGAUGAUGCUCUUAAACCAGAUACAACUGAAAAUUUCACUAAUCUCAUGUGGCGUCAAGGAAAUCCAACUUUCUGCGAGACACUCAGUUCAUUGACCUCAAAAACACGAGAUCUGAGUACACUUAUUUUGAAAAUGAUUAUUGAGGGUUUUGGACUUCCACAACAAUACAUCUUAGAUGUUGAAGAACUGAAUAACUCCAACGAUACACGAAUGACUAGGUACCAACUUCCUAAAGAAAACAAGGAUCUUGAGAUUGCUUUGGUACCCCACACUGACAAAGGCACCUUAGCUGUCAUAUGUCACAAUGAAGUCCAAGGUCUCCAGGUUUUACCCAAAACAGGUGAAUGGGUUGACGUAAUUAUUCCUCCAAAUGGUUAUAUAGUACUUGUUGGUGAUAUGUUGAAGGCAUGGAGCAAUGGAAGGUUUCAAGCACCCACACACAGAGUCGUGACAAAGGGAGAUAAAGAGAGAUUAGCUUUUAUACUUUUUACUGUACCAAAGGAAGAUAUGACCAUUAAGGUGCCAUCUGAGUUGGUGGAUGAUGAAAAUCACCCUCUUCGUUAUAGACCAUUCAAAUAUGAGGACUUUAUAGAUUUUCAUUAUUCAACUCGUACAGAAAAGGGAGUGCUUGAAGAAUUUGCUGGACUUUGAUUUCUUAUCAUGUGAUGCAAGACCGUGCCCUUUAUUAUGUAAUAUGAAAAGUACUUGAACUUUCAAAUAUUCAAUAAAUUUGGAUCAAUAAAAUGUAGUGUCUUUUAAAAAAA